AUGGUAGAAAGGGUAUUUGGGACCGUGUAUGAAGUGCAUCGGGUACAGGGUGCUCGUCAGGGUGUCAGAAUCGCGAUUUCUGGGCUUGUUUGUAUGGUAGCAGAGAUUCCCGCCUACAACGUUCAGACAGAAUGGAGUACUCCUAUCAGACCCGUCGUGAAGACAGCCAUGAAAGAGAUUGCUCAGAAACUCCAGUUUUCAGGAGAGGAAGAGGAGGUUUUCGAGGGGCCCACAGGGGAAUGCCAUCCCAGCAGCCAAGCACUAAUAAGCAUCCCAGAUCCCCCUCUCCACCCCCCAAAGAGAGCUAAAACUGACACUGACUGCUUCGAAGAAUUAGAAUCCAAAAUGAAAUGCAUGGAGGUGGCAAUGAAAUCCAAGCCCCCCCCUUGA